GGCCGACACCAUGCCUCUGCCGCCCUCAGCACAAGAAAUACUCGACAUAUUCUUCGCGGUCUUCGGGGUGCCCGGCCCCUUGGCGCAGUUGUGCAAGCUUUACUGGUUCGGCAAGGCACACUGGGCACGGAUUUUUCGGGGAUUACAGAUCAUGAGGUUCGGCCUUCAACAUGUCUUGUACGCGCUGGGGUUCGUCUUCGUCUUGGCUGGUUUGUUAUUCCUCCCUCGUCUACGCCAACCCAUCAGCGCAGCCAUCCAAUCGAACCCAACCCCGUACAGUCAGUCUGCUUGAACUGACGGCCUCAUCGACUCGCGGCCAAAUCGCCGACACAUACAGCAGCUUCAUGAGUCCAGCUCAGGACCAUGAACAACAUGGUGCAGCUCGCGGCAUUUGACAGCCGGCCACCCACGAGAAUGAUUUCGAGAACUCGAUGGAUCCCUUGCAGCGGUGCGUCUACCACCGGGAUAACGGGAUUCCAAGGAUUGGCUCUGAAGCUACUCAUUCGCAAUCUCAAGCGCUCGGGUGAUUCCCUUGGCAAGAUGGACGCGGCACUGCACAGGUUGAAGGGGAGGUUCCGUAUUACUAUGGGGUGGUCGACUCCAACAACGUCACGAAAUGCGGGUCGCUCGACUACGGAGGAAGCUGUCUGGGCACAGGUCCGGCUGGUGAGAGUCAUGUCGGGCACAGGCCGGAGCUGCUCGUACUGGUUUACGAACGAACUCCAGUGGAGCCUUUCCGCCUUGCUCUCUCCGUGGGUGAACUGGUUCAGGACGCAGACACAGCAUCUCUCGCGUUCAGCCUUAGACUGCUUCGCAGCCGUAAACCGGCAAGUUGUCUCCGUUCCAAUCACGGCCAGCCCCAAGGCCGCGCUCUGGGUGUCCUUCUUCAGUACCAUCUUUCUUAUCUUGGUCUGGGUGUCCAGUUGUUGAGAGGUUCCAGGCCUAAGAGUUCUGUCAACCCUCACUCGUUGGCCGUUUUUGGCACUCUGACACCCAGCCA